CUCAGUGGUGACACAAACAGUGUUUGUCUCAAGACUUCUCUGGGAUUUAUACCCUGUCCUGCCAAAGGACUUGCCAUUUGCAGCAUUACGAUCAGUUUCAUCUGCUUUUUCCAUUUGGCAGACCUCAGACCAACUCAUAGGUGAAAAGGUCAGAGGGCCCCUCUGUAACCCUGACUGCAGUUUGAGGAUCUUUAAAGAUGACAACCAAAUCCAAUAGCAGCGUUCUGGAUGGCAAGGUGUCCUCCACCCCUCUUCUAUCAUUACCAAAGCGACAACGUCUAGUCACCAAAGAUGGACAUUGCACCCUUCGUCCCCCGCUGUGUUCCUCUGGCUCGUGGCUCGGAGCGUCGAGCCGAGCCUGGCUGAUUGCCCUGCAUGACGUCUGGGGACAGUUAGUGGGUCUGCGCUGGAGAUGGGUCCUCUUAGCCUUCUGUGCAUCGUUUGUGGCCCACUGGCUGCUGUUUGCUUGUCUUUGGUAUUUGCUGGCCCAUAUCAAUGGAGACUUGGAUGUGCUGGAUCAUGACGCACCCCCGCAGGGGCAUGUGGUUUGUGUGAAACACAUCACCAGCUUCACCGCCGCUUUCUCAUUCUCCCUUGAGACGCAGCUCACCAUCGGCUAUGGAACCAUGUUCCCCAGUGGGGACUGUCCAAGUGCAAUAGCACUGCUGGCUGUGCAGAUGCUGCUGGGGCUCAUGCUUGAAGCAUUCAUCACAGGUGCAUUUGUGGCCAAGAUAUCUUGUCCUCAGAAGCGAGCCGGAGCCAUCCAGUUCAGCCACCAAGGCGUGGUGGGACAGCACCAGGGCCAAACUUGCCUCAUGAUACGGGCCACAAACCUGCUGCGGCGCCCUCUGGUUGAUGUGAAGGUGAGUGCUGUGCUCUAUGAGGAGCAUGAAGGCCAACCUCUGCACCAAACCUCCCUGGAUUUCUAUGUGGACCACCUGGGCCAGCAUCGCUGCCCUUUCUUCAUCUUCCCACUCACCUUUUACCAUCCCCUGGACCGCCGGAGCCCCCUCUACCCAGCCCUGCGUGAAAGCACAUCCCAUCACUUUGAGCUGGUGGUGUUCCUAUCAGCCUCUCAGGAGGGAACAGGAGACACCUGCCAGAAGAGGACCUCCUAUCUGCGCCAGGAGAUCCAGUUUGACCGUUGCUUUGCACCUGCCUUGGGGGUGGAUACCUGUGGAAGGUUUGUGGUGAGAAACCAUCAUUUUGACACUAUGCACUCUAAGGACCCUUUGGACAAGGACUGUGUUGUGCAGAUCAACGGUGAUGGCAGCGACCGGAUGGAGUAAGAAUACUGGCGAGGCGAUUAUACUGGGACAAAGGGCAGUGCAUGAGGUACAUUUGUGGAGGGUAGAUAAGGAACAGACGCAGUAUUUUGUCAGCUGGAAAGUAGAUGACUAGGGAAAUUACAGUUUGUGUUUAAUAAUUUUUAAUCGUUAACGAUUAAAGCACAGAUUGACUUUAAGGGCUAAAACUGAACAGGCCCAAUUCUGAUUAAAAGCUAUCAAUCCAUUUUCCGUACUGCUUUUCCUUGUAAGACUGAACUUGAAGCUUGAUCCACUAUACUAUAGAGCUCCAGACGUUGACGCCAUGCUUCCCACAAUGCACAAUGCUAAAUGUACACAAAGCGGCUUUGGCAGUAUAGAAAACUUGUCACCCCUUUGAGUAAUCACUCAACAGACUCGCAAAACAAGAACCAAUGUGUCAUAAAUGUAUAGCAGACAUUAAAAAGGGCUAAGAACAACUCAUUGUGGCAGUAACCACCUGUGAAGCGAUCACUUCAUAUUGUGAGUCAGUGACUGAAUCAGCUGAUGGAACUUGAUCAUAUAGUUACUUACACGUACCCCUGGCGCUUGAUCAAUCAGGACUAUCCAAGAUCCUCUCCAGCGUGUACUGUAUCAUUGUGUCCUUUGCAUCUAAGUGGGAUGUGAAUUAACUUGGACGGAAUGUUGAUGGAUAAACGCUACUUCUAUCACUUCGCUCAAUUGUUAGGCAUUGGAGUACUGGUGCUGCUUUACUGCCAAAAUAAAAGGGAAUGGUCAUAUGACAUCCGGAGCUCCAUACUGUACUGGCCAGUCAAUUGCAGGGUCCAUUUAAACAAGUAACUAUACACAAUCUGGAAGAA